GUUAUGUGAGUACACAGCUACAGAUGAUUGGUUCCUAGUUGGCAAAUUUCACCAACAACGAUGUUGAGUAAGAAAGAACGAGAAGGUUCGGCGAGAUUUUUGCAAGAAUUCCCCAAACAUGAACUCCUGUCUCUUGUGGAAACGGUCACUAAUCGCAUGAUUACCGUUCGGAACAAACAAGAGGCAAUCAAUGCAAUUAUUCUACACUCAGACAGUGCCUUGGAGCUCCUCAGACGAAAGAAAGUGAAAAAAGAGUACAUUUUUCGUCACCUGGCAACUCUGACAGUUGGCGUGUCAUCAACAUCAGAUAAAGCAACUCUUGUGAGGCAAUUACUGUCACUUUGGGGAACCAAUGUAUCCCAGCAAUGUGUGUCUGAACGUAUGGAAGUUGAUGACUUGAGUGAUGAUCCAGGCCCAGACAGAAACCCAACCCUGAAGGCGCCAUCAGCCAGUGAACCACCAAAGCAUGUACAAGUGCUUGCAGAGCAGUUCACAUCAUGGUUUUACAGCCAAUUAAACUCACUAAGUCAAGUCAUUGCAAGCAACUCACCUAGUGACUGGGGAUCUCAUCAUUUCUGGGAAGACUGCAAGCUCAAUCUUCGUCUAAUAAUAUCAGAAGUACGUGAUGAAAGUUUCUAUGGAGCCGAGUGUGUUGCACAGAGAUUUCGAAACUUUGUUUGUGAGGAAGGCUUGAUAUUCAACCCUAACCUCAGCCCAGAAGGAACUCGAGGCUUUGUUGAUCCACAUGGACUUGUAAUGGUAAGAGUUUGUGGUACAGUCCAUCGCUAUAAUGAUUGCUUGGGAUUAUUCGAACAACAAUUUGGACUUAUCCGAGAUCCGCUGAAAGAGAAUAACUGGAAGAUUAAAUUCAUUGACAUGAGCAUGAAACAAACUGCAGUUCAACGAAUGCCCACACUGACAGCUCCAAUAGAUGUGUCACAAGUAAUUAAUUAAGAAGCAAAUACACUUGUGAUAGAUAUAUCGCUCUCUGAUGUGUGCAUACAAGUAGUGUCUGUGAAGGAACUGUAUAUGUGUAUAUGGCAUUGUGUCACCAAUGAAGGACACGUCGCAUAGUACUCAGAAGUGUAUUCAGAUGAAUGUGUACAAACCAAUCUCUGCACUGGACAGGAACAAAGCUAUAGGCCCAAGGCAGAAAUGGCCCUAAAAUGUCUGUCAGUAAUACAAAUUUUUUAUAUUUUUACGAGUUUAGUCAUAAGAGUGCAUGCAACCCAUAGUGUUGCAGUUGCUGUAUGGUUUUAGAUGGUUUGAUCAUUCCUUUUUACAACUUUGGAUUCUGAAAUAUUCUUAUCUGAAAGUAAGAGGGUCCAGUGAUGUAUUAAAGUUUGCUUGUUACUGCUUUCAGUUAAUGCUUUGCAUAAAAAUCAUGACUAGUCUUGUGGCCUAAAAAUCUGUUUUGCAUAAUAGUAAUCAUAUACAGUAAUUUUUGUGGCAAAAGCAGUGAUGCCCCCGCAGGGAUGCUCUGGGGUUCGAGGGCCCCCUAUUCUCCCCAGAGGGUUUGAUUUUUGUUCUCUCUGAAAAAUAAUGAUACAAUGUACAUCUUCAAUGUGUUAAACUACUAGCUCUGAUAUUGCCAUAUGUCAGAGUCCCCUGUGGCACAAUAGGAGAGGAGGAAGGGAGGGGGAGGGGACUUGAGUGUCGUGAGUUAGGGGGGGAAUUGGAGUCUAAACCCCCCUACCAAUCAUGAGUAUGUCACUAGGUAAGUGUUGGAUUAUGUGGCGUACAUUGAUGAUGCAAUUUCUCAUUUGGGAGACCGAGAAUUUGAUAAGCACUGAACAUAUAGUGCAUUAUGAAGAUCACAUAGCAUACAUCUGUGCUUGAAAAGUGACAGGUUCAGUGUUUGUGUGUCAGAUAAACAGUUUCUUUGUCCGUUUGGUGUAUGUACUGGUGUAAGAGAAGGGGGCUUGUUGAUUUAUAUUCAAACAAAAAAAUCUGCCAGCAUUUGGAAGUUGCUUUGCUUUGUCACAACGUUUCUCAUGAAGUUGACUUGACAUUGUUUUAAUAAAUAAAUCUCAGACCAUUUAAGUGGUAUAUAUUGCUUCAGAUAAAGCGCCUUGUCAAACCUUAUGAAACCAAUUGUACACAAGUUUUAAGUUACAAAGACUAACAUGUAUCAGCAGUAAAAAGGUUUGAUUCAUAAACUGAUUUUAAUGUGUAAAUGCAAUUUUUCCAGUACCGCUUGCCGAAAAAUUUUGUUUUGACAAAAUUAAUUGAAUAAUGGUGUCUUUUCUUUGAAUCGUUUUGGUGAUGGGGUGACAUUUGAUUAGGAAUUUGUAAUCUAAACUGCACAAUUUUAAAAUAUAAUACCAAUUCUUCCUGAAGCAAUGAACAAUUUGGAUAUUGUACUGCACUUGUA